AUGACAUAUAAGUUGAAUUCUGAUGUACCAUUGCCGUACAUACAAAUACGAGACAAGUCAGGAAAUGUAGUGGGUCCGAAGAUAAAUAUGCAUUGGAAAGAAAAUACGGAUGACUUUGAUAAUGAAGUUCUUCGACUUCUUAAAAAUAAGACCAAAGCUGUAGCGUGGUUCCCUUCUAAAUGCGAUUCACACUGCCCCGAAGCGGCGCUAGUGUCUGCGCGGGUGUUAUCAGCUGAGGGUGCGCCGGCGACGCGAUCCGCGUCGGGGGUCGAGCGUCGGCCUUCGGCGCCCCGUCCGCCGCUCAGCAAGCGCGGCUCGGGCUCGCUGCUGUCGCAAGCGCCGCCGCAGUCCAGAUACCUCUGGAUCCGGAUAGCGUUAUUCGAGAGGCAGCUGGCGAAGAUCAUCGAGCACUUGGUGAACAACGCCACCCGGUACUACGAGCGGGACGCCCUGGUGGCUGACCCGGAGUACGGGAGCUUGCUGAGCUCUUUGCUUGUCGGACCUUGUGCUUUGGAGUAUUCCAAGGCGAAGGCCCCGGCGUGCUUCUGGACGGAUCCACCAGCGGAUGAACUGGUACAAAGACAUCGCAUGUCUGCCGGCACCACCACACCACCUUCUGUGAGAAGACCGAUACUGAACUUCAGAAGGAGCCUGAACGCUUCCUCUGACGACAGCGGUGCGGUUAACACGGGUUCUGGAAAGACUGGUGGAUCCACGGCAAAGGACUACGUGGAAAGUUUACAUCAGAAUUCAACAGCUACACUUUUGUAUGGCAAAAAUAAUGUUAGAGUACAACCGAAAGACGUAGAAGAACCCAUGCCAGGCUACUUGAGCCUGCACCAGACAGCAGCAGGUCUCGUCAUCAAAUGGACUCCUAACCAACUCAUGAAUGGUUACGCGGAGAGCGAAGGAAUUGAUAAAAGCGCGACCCCGUGUACUGUCUACAGGCGACUCUGUGCCGGACCACUGUGCAUCGACUGCGUGUACUGGGCGAUGUCGCUGCAAGUAUGCGUGUGGGAGGUGGUGUACGUGCACGUGCACCGCUCGCAGGCCAGCGACGCGCUCAUCCUCGUCGGCCAGGACGGCGUGCAGCGCCCGCCCAUCCACUUCCCUAAAGGUAAUGUUCAUCGUUCGUUCGGCUCAGCCAAAUGA